AUGUUUGACAAUAUGGAUACGUGGGAAUACUUAAUGAACCAGAUAAACAAUAAUAAUAAACAACAAGGAUAUGCAGCCACUACACAAAAAGCUGUUGAAAGGGCUUUUAAAGCUAAUAAUAUAUUGGUGAUGUGUAGAUCUGUGGCAAUUGAUAAUAUAGUGUCUGGAUCUUUGCCCCAGCAACCUUAUCUUCAACAAUCAUGGGCCCUGCUACUGCAGCAAGUUUUAUAG